AUGAAUUCUGCGGCAUAUAUAUCCAUCAUACUUGGAUCUUGCGUACUAUGGGUGGCCUGCUCAUUUCCAGUGGCACUAUCUUGCGAUUCGUGUGGUCGGGAGUGUGCAUCGGCUUGCGGGACACGUCAUUUUCGUACAUGCUGUUUCAAUUACCUACGUAAGCGCAGUUCACCGCCUCCAGAAGGGCCAAUGGAAUACGAUAAACAUUUGGAAUUGUGGCAUGCAUCGAAGCCGAUGAGACAAAACCCUCCAAUGAACCGACGGUACCUUAGCGACCUCUUGUUCAAAAAUGUAGACAAUGAUAUGGAUUAUCAGUAUAUACCGAUUAAAGGAAGCAAUCAUUUAGUGCUUGACAAAUUCCGACCCACGGCACUCAGCAUUUCUGCUGGAGAAACUUCUGCACAUUCCCUCGAAACAGAUGGAAUAAGAAGUAUGGAACGAAGUAGUGAAAAAUCGUCCGAAGAGUCUCAAACCGGCCGAGUACCGUUACUAUAUGAAUCUUAAACAUCUUUUGCUACAAUUGUUAGUUUUACUUAAUGAUGUUUAACGGUUGGUAGAAGUUAGAUUCUUAAACAUAAAUUACCAGUAUUUUCGCAUUUUUUUUGCAGCGUAUUUGAUGUUCGACCACAAACAAACAUUUAGGCUGGGUAGGUGUAGGUUUCAAGUCGAAGAUCAAACUCUACGCUAGCAAAACAUUAUACUCACAUGAAUUCCAAACCCAAUAUCAAUAUUUCCACCUACACCCUUCUAUAUCAAAGCAACGCAAUGAAACCAUAAAACACAACCGUUAAUUAAAUAAUUAAAAUUAUUCACGCGCAUUCUGUUCAGUAAAUACGUAGUAUUCAAUUGGCUUCACAACAGGUUACAGACAUCGGUUUAUGAUUGGUUACAUUUUAAGGUAACCUCUCGACAACAAUGCACUCUUUUAGAGACAAAAACAUAUGUGAAAGUCGAAGAAGAUAACCUCUAACAACUUUAAGAGAUGCUGGUAGGGAUUUGACGUGUUGAAGUUUGUAAACCGAUUAUAAAAUGUAAUUUAUGUAGUUAAAUGCAAUAAAGUGAGUACUAGUGUGGUCAAAAUUA